AUGACCGUGUCGGUUCGGAGCGCCAGCGGCCUUCCGGUGGCAGACCCAAUCAGCCAAAAGUGCAACCCGUACGUGAUUCUAACGGUCGUGGAGAACAGCAUAGAUGACCCCCAGCAGCAGGUAGAGACAAUAUCCCACCGACUCCAGACCAAGAAAGGGGGAGACGCAGGCGCCUCGUCCCCCCCCGCGGCCGGUCAUACCUACCACCACCACCACCACCAUUACAGCAACGCCCAAAGCCAUCACGCCGACGCUCCGUCGAUCCCGACGAAGUCUACGUCAAAGUCGUCUACGAAGCACGCUCGAGAGAAGGUCGCGGGUUCGAAACAGAAGGCUGGCACUGAAAAAACCUACAGCUUUCAGUGGGACGAAGCGACGAUCAUCUUCACAGUUCUCCACCAAGCGCCAACGCGGGCGGUGUGCCUGGGACAGACGUUCGUGGAGCCAAAGCGGUUCAAGAAGAACAUGGAACACGUGUGCACCGUCGCCCUCGCGAAGAAGCAGGUGGAGGUACCCUCCGCACCACACAACCGCGGAGAGGAGGCGAGAAUCGCCAACAUUGACUCGGCGAAACCCGGCAAGCUCACGUUCACGAUACGGAAGGCCUCGUCCUGCGAUGCGCACUGCUCGGAAGUUCAUGGACCCAUCGCCGAAGAGAUCAACACGUUGGCGCUUGCGGAGGGCCAAGUGCGUGGGCGGCAGAACGAGUCAACUUCUUCCGUUAUAGGCCACACCAAGGAGAGAGAUGGGAACACGCACGCUAGUCACGACGAGAAGAAUUCCCACGGUGGUAGCAAAAGCAAACAACAAGCUACCGCCACCCCUACCACUUCACCGCCGAGAGGGCGGCUGGGGACCACUGGAAAGACCGCCACCACGAUGAAAGUCGGGGACUUGUCCACCGUGUGGUGGGUGUGCGUGUGGCAGGGUGUGCUCAAGAUUUUCCGAAACCUGGGGGACGCGCAAGCUAAGCUGACCUUGCCCCUUGACCGGUGGACCAUAGCACCGGCUGAGGAAGAACCCGGCGGAAGGCCUGCAAGACCUGAUCUGUGGCUCGUCUCCGCUAGCCCCAAGAGGUGGCUCGUUUUGCGAUGCGUCUCAAAAGUGGACAAGCUGCGAUUCGAGGAGAUUAUCGCCAGGAACCAAGCAGGCCUCGCACAGCGUGCACCCGCCAUUGUGGAGACGACCGUCGAGUCGACAUUAUAGCGCCAGCUUCACUUGGGAAGGCGGGUAGCUGUCUUGUGCGGGCGUGGUGCAGGGUGGUGCACUCAACAGCGCAAAGGUGUUGUGGGCACAUGCACACACCCAUUCGUCACUGCGCAAGUUUCACGGUAGCAUUGAUGGGACGAAGCACGUUCCGACCGUGAAUAGCCCUGUGGUGCCAUGCGCUCCAUCCUCAGUGGACAGGGUUCAGCGUGCUUGGA